AUGCUUUCGGAGCUCAAGCAGAGUCUGGAACUGAUAUUGUUCCUGGAGAACUUUGAAUACCUGCCUCGUCUGACCAGCGGUCAAGGUGCUGUUGUGGUCAUCCACGAACCUGGGACAGUCCCUAACAUUGACGGGGAGGGGAUCUUUGUUAGCGCUGGAACUCAGACACUUAUCGGCUUGAAACAGAUCUGCCAGAAGUUGUGUCUACAGGAACAGAUCCACCAGAAGUGUAAAUGUUACGAUAGUGCCAGCCCACAGGAAAAUUCUAUCAUGAAAGUUGCGUCACGGCUUCACCCAUGCGAGACUGGAACGGAGUUGAUCUGUGCCGCCCAAACAAAAUCAACAUUCAGCCAAAGUGAAAUGUCUUGCACCUGUCCUAACCCAUGCAGAAACAACUUCAUUAAACUUCUUAUUUAUUAUGAUGAUUUAAAUUAUGAAACAAUUUCUGAAGUCCCAGAUUAUGAGCUGUUCCAGCUCCUAUCAGAUGUUGGUGGUACCAUAGGUCUGUGGAUUGGUCUCUCAUUACUCAGCCUGUUCGAGGUGCUACAGCUGCUGGCCGAGGUUGUGCUGUUUACAGUUACUCACACUUUCAACUUGUAA